AUGGCAACCUCCACUGUUGAAGUCGAGUUCAUUUGCCAAUUUGGCGCCAGGCAAUUCACACACAACCACAGCAUCGCCCGAAGUCUUGUCAUCGAGGCGAAUCGUGCCGGACGAGAUGCCGAAUACAACGAACGGUUCGCGCAGGCCAUGAUGCCUCUUAUGAAGGAGCAUGAAUCAGCAUGUCGCAGUGCCUCGGGGGCUUUCUGUGAAUGCUGCGGGCGGUUUGCGACAGACAUCCUACAGAGUCCAAUAUCUAUGUUGCACGGGGAUAAACCUCGCAUUGUGGUUUGGGUCACCUCCUUGUGUGGAAGCGGGCAGUGUGAGAUCCAGAAGAGACAGGAAAUGCAAUUAAUGAUGCAGGAAAUGCGGCAAGAGGACGAGAUGCUUGGUGAGGUUUUGGGACGCACUGAUUGCAUGGAGGUUAAGCUGUGCAAG